AUAAAUCGAUAAAUGGUGUUCGAUUUCUUCUUAUCUCUAAAGUGCACAUCUUCAUUUAAGAAAAAUUUAUUCCCAAAAAAUUUUCUAAAACAACUGCAAGAUCAUGUAUAUCCUCCGCACUUCGCGUUUUGCUGCUUCCACAUCAGCUCCGAGACAGUUUCUGUCCGCUCUGCGAUCUAUGUCUUCCGUGGAUGCUCAAUACACUAAACUUGAGGUUAACGAAAAAACUGGCAUUGCUACAUUGACUUUGAACCGGCCACCGGUGAACAGCCUCAAUUUGGAGCUGUUAACUGAUAUACGCAAUUGUAUAAAAGAUGCUGAGAGCAACAAGUGCAAGGGGCUCAUACUGACAUCUUCUUCAAAUAGUGUAUUUAGUGCAGGCCUGGAUAUCUUGGAAAUGUACCAGCCCAAAGAAGAACGUCUAAAAAGUUUUUGGACAACACUGCAAAGCACGUGGAUGGCAUUGUAUGGCUCAAAACUACCAACUGCAGCAGCGAUUAACGGUCACGCACCGGCAGGAGGAUGUCUGCUAGCAGCAUCUUGUGAAUAUCGUGUUAUGCUGCCCAAAUUCACGAUAGGUUUGAAUGAAACCCGCCUGGGAAUUAUGGCACCGAAUUGGUUUAUGGCUUCAUUCCUUAACGUACUCCCGCGGCGUAUCGCCGAGUUAGCGCUUACGGGUAGAAUGUUCACCACUGUUGAAGCGCAACAGGCAGGUCUCGUUGAUGAUGUUGUCAACACAAAGGAAGAAGCGCUAGCUAAAUGUGAAGAGUUCUUUGCCUCGUUCAAGCAAGUCAGCCCCUACGCACGUGCCUUGACCAAGCAGCAAUUCCGUGUCAAGGAAUUACAAGACCUCGAAGAGCAUCGUGAACAAGACUUACAGUUAUUCAUCGAUACUAUCACUAAGCCGGGUACCCAAAAAGCGUUAGGAUUAUAUCUGGAAAGCUUAAAGAAGAAAGCUUGAGCAUGGCAUUCGAAAGCGAAUUACCUGCUGAGUUUUACAUUGUGGCAUUUUUCGAUUUAAGAUUAUAGUGGUUUGAUAUAUAUACAUUAUUAGAUGUUCGCAUUUAUUUUGAAUUCGUAUUUAAAUUUCGUUAUUUAUCAUGUAGAUAGAAAAGUAUAACAAAUAAACCUUGAGUACUCCCUUUUAUUUUA